CUGAAGUCGAACAGGAAAAGGAUGUCGGGACAACAAACAUGUCCGCGCUCAUUUGAAAACCUCCUGUGGCCCAAUCUUUAGAUUGGCACUUGAUGCGAGUUGUUUUUAUGUUGGAGGUGGUGACGACGGUGUGGGCAAGCAGGACACAUACGACGGAAAGACGAGGACUCCGCGACAAGAGCCAGACUAUUCCUUACUAUCAGGUUAGCGGCAAACUCCAAGCUAGCUGGUGCUAACGCUUGCUAGCGUGCUAAUUGAGGCAGUGUCAAAGCAACGAAAUAAUGCUGAUAUUUGGAACUCAUGUCGGAAGUCGUGUAUGAAGAGACAGCCACGAUGAUUGCCGCUGGGGAUUUGCAGUCAUUUGUCCCAUUUGGACGCGAGCACUGCAAGAACCAUCCAAAUGCCUUCAACCUGCAGCUUAGAGAGCUUCAGCCUGCCUCCGAGCUCUGGUCGUCAGAUGGUGCCGCUGGCCUGGUGGGGUCCCUGCAGGAAGUCAGUCUGCAGGAGAGAGAGAGGGAAUGUUGGCAACUUAGGAAAGGCUGUGUGGGAGUCAGAGAGGAGGAUGUGGAGUUUGAAGAGGAGCUCUAUGCAGCAGGAAAUGUUGUUGUCUGGAGCCACGGCUGUCGGACUCAAGCCUCAAGCGUUUACAAGGCCUUCACAGUUGACAGCCCAGUUCAGCAGGCCUUAUGGUGUAAUUUUGCUGUUCCUAACAAUAAGAAAGAUGUGGAAGAAGAGGAGCAGACAGUGUGUAUUAUCCAGAGUAGCUGCGUCAACGUUCACACUGUGACUGGGAAGGAUUUUAUUGCACCGUUGCCCUUCCAGGUCUCAAAUGUUUGGGCGACCAAGUUUGGACUGUUGUUGGAACGAAAAAACACAGCGACUGAUACACAGCUCAACUCACCUGGGGAACCUCUGCCCACAGUGUUCAGCAUGCUGCAUCCUCUAGAUGAAAUUGCACCAGUGGUGUGUAAGCCUGCAGGAAUGUUUGAAGGCUCUCGUGCACAGUAUAUGUCUGAUUGCACCAUGAAGAUAGUUUUUAGCUGCUCUCAGCCCUCUAUAGUUGUCUCCUAUGACACUCUGCAGGGAAUACAUUCAGUCUGGUUCCUGCGAAAGGUUACACAUGAAGAGCGUUCUACAGUCUUGCAGUGUCCAGCAGAAACAGCUGGCACACCGCUAAAUUUUUUGACCUCUAAUCUGCGUAACAUCUCCCGCCUGGACUCUCCUGGAGGUAGUGGAGCAACAGGGCUAGGUCCUGGAGCAAGUUGUCCUAUUGCUACUGGUUCUCCUCUUCACCUCAACGCUUUGCACAGCCACCACAGCAAAGUCAUGACAUCUUCACCAGGAAUACAUUCACGUAUUCAUUCUCCAAGUAUAUCCAACAUGGCUGCUCUUAGCCGUGCUCAUUCUCCAGGCAUGGCGGCACCAUCCUUUUCAGGUGCAGCUCGUUUCAACACGUCGUUUCAUAGCCCGUCCCCCAGGGGGCACCAUGGCUUUUUACCCUCUCCUAACAGCACAAUGAAUGAGACGGUGUUGGUGCCAGAGAUGGAGCCUAUCAUACCUGACCUGUGCAUGGAGCAACUGUGGAGCGAAACGAUCACAGCUGGCUGUCACAAGGAGAUGAACAGUAAAGCAUCUAAAGUAUUUCUCACCUCUGACCUCUGUGAGAACCGCUACCUCUGUUUCCUGGUCGAGUCUCAUCAACAGCUCAGGUGUGUGAAAUUUAUUGAGAGCAACAAUACAUCUAAGCUCAUCUUUACCUCUGUCACGACCAUCCCUGCCAAAGAUGCAGAACCGCUGCAGAAUAAAGAUGCCACGCUGGUUCUGGAGGCGUGUGGCAGUCUAGUUCUGUACACUGGAAUCACAAGGGUCAGUAAAGUGUUUGUCCCAGGCCUCCUGUCGCCCAGCUUCCGCCACAUUCCCCAUUUCAGCACACCGUUAGAGAAUGUUAGCACACCAGCUAAUGCUGGCAGUAGACACCUCCACAGACUGAAUGAGGCUGUGAUGCCUUCACCAGUUUCAGCGCUAAGAAGUCCUAACAUCAAACAGCACGAAGGUUCAUUUUUGGAAGAUUACUCCUUCCAACAAACCACACCCUUCAUCCACGCCCUGCGGGACCCCGUCUGCAACCGGGUCACUCUGGAACUCGGCAGUGGUACAAUGGUGAGGAUUUGUAUCCCACAAAUUGCAACUUCAGAGCUGGUGAUGAAGUGCCUUCAAGCUGUUUGUUUCAUCCUGCCCAAGGAAGUUGCCAUGAAGGUUUUAGUGAAGUGGUAUAACAUCUACAAUGCUCCUGGUGGACCUAGUGCACACGCAGAGUGGAGCCUGUUUGUGACUUGUUUCAUGACACUGAUGGGCUACAACACCGAGCGUCUGACCUGGACAAGAAACCUACAUUUUGAAGUGCCUCUGUCCCCAGUGAUUGCAGCCAAGAAGGCACGUCCCUCUGAUGGAGGCUCUGAUGAGGACUGGGACUAUUUGUUGGGGUCCCAUUACCACCGCCAGAUGACUUUUCAGCCCGUCUGUGGUCCAGUGGGUUCCAGUGACUCCAACAGCACCACGGAUGUGUCUUCUCCCUCCAGCCCGUCUCUGAAGUUAGACACUUCAGCUCCUCUCUUCCCUCACAUCCCAGCUCUUUUCUACGUUCUCCAUCUGCUGUACCAAGAGCUGCAGCUGGACGGGCUGCAGAGAGCCAAAGCCUCGUUGCUGGUCUGUCUACUUCAGCAGUUGGCCAGAGACCUUCAGCUGGAAGAGUAUGUGGAUCUGUACUGGAGAGACCACCCUGCAUUAAUUAGUGGCUUCACUGAGACCUGUCUCAUAGACCAGGCUCUGAUUGGUCAGAUGCAGCGUCCGUCCUUCCUAGGGACAAAGCCUCCCUGUGUUUUCAGCUGGCUGAGUAGCUGUUUGAGAGGAGAAGAGUUGCCACCUUUCCCGUAUCUGGUCGGCAUUUGUCAAAGGACUAGGCUGCUUGUUCUGAGUUAUGCUCUUUACGUCAUUGGAGAUGAAAAUGCUACAUCAACCGAUGUCUCAAAGUACCUGGUUAAACUCACAGCAGGCCAGAAGUCCUGUGCUAGUGAGCCGCACAAUAGAAGGCAGCGCAGUGUAAAGGUGAAGCUUUCCUGGGAGAGUCUAGCUGAGCAGCUCGUCGUGUGGCUCACCUCAGAAGGUUUCACCCUAAAGGACCUGGAGUCGGUCCCAUUCGGCGCGGCUCUGCCCAUCAGGGAGGCCAUUUACCUCUGCCGUGAGCAGCCGUGCUCCGAUUGGUCAGAGGAGGUUUGUCUGCUGAUUGGGCGGCAGGAUCUGACCAAACAAGCUCACAAAAUGACCCUGGUCAAGAGCAAAACUUCUGUGGGCUCAGGUCUCUCCUUCGAGCCUCCAGCGACCACAGAAGUAGAUGAGGAGGAAGAUGGGAUGUCUGACAUAAUUCAGGAGGUAACGGGACUCAUUUGGAGUCAGGAUCUGAGGGUACAAGAGGUCAGGAGGCUCCUCCAGAGCUCCAGGCCAGUCCGAGUCAGUGUGGUCCAGCUCCCGGAGGUGUCAGACCAUGAGUACAUAGAGGAGAAAGAGAACAAGCUCCUGCAGUUGUGUCAGAGGACCAUGGCUCUCCCAGUGGGACGAGGCCUCUUCACUCUGUUCUCCUAUCACCCUGUACCCACUGAGCCAUUACCUGUUCCCAAACUCAACCUGACAGGUCGUGCCCCUCCUAGAAACACUAUGGUAGAUCUUAACAGCGGGAACAUUGAUGUUCCUCCCAACAUGACGAGCUGGCCCAGCUUCCAUAACGGCGUAGCUGCUGGGCUGAAAAUAGCCCCCGCUUCACAGGUGGACUCAGCUUGGAUUGCCUACAACAAGCCAAAGAGCCCUGAACUGGCCAAUGAAUACGCAGGCUUCCUCAUGGCGCUGGGCCUCAACGGACACCUCACCAAGCUGGCGACGCUCAAUAUACACGACUACCUCACUAAGGGCCAUGAGAUGACCAGUAUUGGGCUCCUACUGGGAGUUUCUUCAGCCAAACUUGGCACCAUGGACAUGUCAAUUACCCGCCUGCUCAGUAUACACAUCCCUGCCCUGCUCCCGCCUACGUCUACUGAGCUGGAUGUACCACACAAUGUUCAGGUGGCUGCUGUAAUUGGCAUUGGGCUGGUGUACCAGGGAACAGGACACAGACACAAUACUGAAGUAUUACUGUCCGAGAUAGGUCGACCCCCUGGUCCAGAGAUGGAGUACUGCACAGACAGAGAAUCAUAUUCACUAGCUGCUGGACUAGCCCUGGGUAUGGUCUGUCUUGGGCAUGGCAGUAACCUUAUCGGCAUGACAGACCUGAAUGUUCCAGAGCAGUUGUAUCAGUACAUGGUGGGGGGCCACCGCAGGGCUCAGGCCGGGGCCAGCCGGGAGAGACACAAGUCCCCCAGUUACCAAAUCAAGGAGGGUGACACAAUCAAUGUGGAUGUAACGUGUCCCGGGGCCACACUGGCCCUUGCCAUGAUCUACCUCAAGACCAACAACAGGUCGAUUGCUGAUUGGCUAAAACCUCCAGACACUUGGUUCCUGCUGGAUUUCAUCAAGCCUGAGUUCCUGCUGCUUCGGACUCUUGCUCGGUGUCUUAUCAUGUGGGAUGAAAUCCUCCCCAAUACUGAUUGGGUCAAGAGUAACAUACCCCAGAUCAUGAGGAGCACUUUCGAUCCCUCAGAAGACAUUAACAUGGAGACAAUGACACAAGCACAGGACUACAUCACAGCAGGGGCCUGUAUGGCGCUGGGCUUGCGCUUCGCAGGCUCAGCCAACUCCGAUGCCUUUGAGUCUCUCUAUGAGAUUGCUAGGAACUUCAUGAAGAUCAUGUCUUUUGCUGGUACAGCUGCUGUGUCUCUCUACCUUUUGUACUGGUUCCUUCAGCAGACGGGAUAUUACAACCUGCAGACCGGUCUGUCCAUGAUUCUGUUGUCGAUGUCCAUGGUGAUGGCCGGCACCGGGGAUCUGAAGGUUCUGCAGCUCUGCCGCUUCUUCCACAAGCGAACUGGUGGGGAGAUGAAUUAUGGGUUCCAUAUGGCUCAUCACAUGGCGCUGGGUCUGCUGUUUCUGGGAGGAGGCAGGUACACCCUAAGCACCUCCAACUCGGCCAUCGCUGCUCUGCUCUGUGCCCUUUACCCACACUUUCCUGCUCACAGCACUGACAACCGCUACCACCUGCAGGCCCUGCGGCACCUCGCCGUCAUGGCUGCAGAGCCUCGCCUCCUCGUGCCUGUGGACGUGGACUCCCUGAAGCCCUGCUAUGCCCUGCUGGAGGUCACUUACAAGGGGACCAAGUGGUACGAUGAGACCACAGUAGAGCUGAUGGCUCCCACCAUGCUUCCAGAGCUGCACCUUCUCAAACGGGUAAAGGUGAAGGGACCACGUUACUGGGAGCUGUCCAUAGACCUCAGCAAAGAAACUCAGCAUUUAAAGUCCAUUCUUAACAGAGAUGGGGUGUUGUAUGUAAAACUAAGAGCCGGCCAGCUGCCCUACAAAGAUGACCCUCAGGGCUGGAAGAGCCUGCUGGCGUCCACUGUUAACCAUCACAACUCUGGAGUCCGAGCCUUUAAGCCUGAGAACAUCUCUGCGUUCACCUCGGAUCCCACCCUGGUCUCCUUUGCGGAGUUCUUUUGUACGAGUUCAGAAGGAAUGAAACACAGAGAGGAUAGUCAGGUGUUGUUCUCUGCCAUGCUGUCUGAAUGUGUGACGCAGGAGUGUCCAGAGAUGCUGCCCACGUAUAUCGCCAUCGAACAGGCAGUGGGCGCUCUGCGUCGGGGCGACAUGCUGCAGACCUUCCCUCUGGUGCAGCUGCGCCUGGUGGCGGACCUGUGGGACAGCAGGGUGCUGCAGGGUCCUGCCAAGCGCCACAUUGCCCUGCUCACCUCAGAGCUUCUGCCGGUCAUGAAGAACAUGGUGGAUGCUGCGUUGGACGCGUGGCUUAAAGACAACAGCUCAGUGUUGAGGCACUACAUGAGGAGCGAGGCCCUGUGUAAGGACGCCCCGUGCACCAUGUUGGCCUGCUUCCUGGUGUACCGCUCCAUCCCCUGCCUCAGGAAUUCACACACACAACUGGAGGGCAGCAGCUCACUCGGCGUUUUGUUGUCGCGUAGCAGUCAGCUGGGCAUCCCUAUUAGAGACCUGCUGAGGCUGGUGCCCGUCCUGACAGGCUCUGCAGCCGGACCCCAGACGCUGCCGGCCUUUCCUGCUCACGCAUUUUGACUCUAAGCAGCUUAAAACAGGUCAGACUGGAUGGUAACCUGUUCACAGACCUGCCUCCUGCUGCAAGCAAAGGGUGGGACACGGGACUGCUUCUCACCUGCAGGGACAAAUGAUCAUAUACAUAACCCACUGUAAGGAGUCCUUUAUCUUGGCCACAGCACAGACAGCAUGGCUGCUCUUCUUCUGAGGAAGGAAACUUUGCGUCUUUUUCAACGACUAGAAAAUAGAACAACAAAUAUUCAAGUUUUCUAUUUAAAACAAAUAUUUGUAUUAUUUUUUUGUAUUUCACAGCGUGAACAACAUUCAGUCUGCAGCAAUGAUGCAGCACAUGUGCCAUGUCUAGAAUGGGAACCGUUUAAUAACAGUGUUCAGUGCAAAGUGAACACAGUCAUGUCUAGUCUUGAUACCUGUGUAGAUUCUGCUGAGUUCAGGCUGCUGCAGUUUGAGGAAAGACUGAAGCAGAGCUAUUAAACUAAAAGAACAAUUACCUGCA